CUCCUACCAGGGGAAGGCCUCCUACCAGAGGGCCUCCUACCAGAAGGCCUCCUACCAGGGGAAGGCCUCCUACCAGAGGGCCUCCUACCAGGGGAAGGCCUCGCCCUUCGGGGUUAGUCUGAGCGCUGGCGGUCUGAAGGUCACAUGAUGAAGCUAAGGCGUAGCGUUCCUGUGACCCCUCCUCCUGCAGGGGGCAGAGGUCCGGGGGGGGAUUCAGAGGAGGAGGAGGAGGAGGCGGGGCCUGUGGAGCGGGUGGUGCUGGUGGAGAAGGACGGCUCCGCCCAGGUGAUGGUGUUCCCAGAGCGCAGCGCGGCUCACGUCUUCCUCGCAGACGGAACCGUUGUCACGGGAGACGGCUGCGGCGUCUAUCAGGUGUUUCCCUCCAAAGCAGGCCGGCUUCUGAUUGGGCAGGACGGGACAUGUAUUUACUAUCCAGACUCCACCCCCUCUAGCCCUGGUAGCCAAUCAGGAAGCUACAGACUCAGCACGACACAUGGGCUGACCUGUGACGUCACAGACCCUGAGGGAAACCGCUUCCAGGUGCAGCAGAGCGGCCAGGUGUCUGUGGUCCUCAGCGCUGCAUCAAGGGCGUCUGAGGAGGAAGACCUCACACAUGGAGAGCACUCUCCCAGGCUGUUCUUGGUGCAUGAGGACGGCUCAGGGACCGAGCUGCUGCACUGUGAGGAGGCGGAGCCUCUCCUCAAGAUGGCUCCCAGUGGGCCGGCCCAGCUAGCAAAAGAGAGACCGUCUGCUGUCUCCAUGGAGAGACCGUCUGCUAUCUCCAUAGAGAGACCGUCUGCUGUCUCCAUGGAGAGACCGUCUGCUAUCUCCAUAGAGAGACCGUCUGCUGUCUCCAUGGAGAGACUGUCUGCUGGCUCCAUGGAGAGACCGUCUGCCGUCUCCAUAGAGAGACCGUCUGCUAUCUCCAUAGAGAGACCGUCUGCUGUCUCCAUGGAGAGACCGUCUGCUAUCUCCAUAGAGAGACCGUCUGCUGUCUCCAUGGAGAGACCGUCUGCUAUCUCCAUAGAGAGACCGUCUGCUGUCUCCAUGGAGAGACUGUCUGCUGGCUCCAUGGAGAGACCGUCUGCCGUCUCCGUAGUGAGACCAGCCCAUCCUCCUAAACGUGAUCGCAGAAUCGUGCCGCUCAACCUCCGAGACCGCAGCUGGCUCAACUUCCCAAUAGCAGAGAUGAAGACCCUUGGUCCUCCGUUUGGGUCUGACCUGGGACGUGGUCUUGCUCUGAGGGAAGGACCACCUGUCCAGGCCCCUCAGGUCCAGGACUCCCCGAGUCCUCCCCAGAUCCUUCAGGUCCAUGAGCUGGUGGUCUACCCGCCCCCCUGCAAAAGGCUCAGAGAGACCCUGGACUCACGCCUGGAGGUACACCUCAUGAUUCACCGUCUCUCCUGGAGGCUCACCGUCUCUACUGGAGGUUCACUGUCUCUCCUGGAGGUUCACUGUCUCUACUGGAGGUUCACUGUCUCUACUGGAGGGUCACUGUCUCUACUGGAGGGUCACUGUCUCUACUGGAGGUUCACUGUCUCUUCUGGAGGUUCACUGUCUCUACUGGAGGUUCACUGUCUCUACUGGAGGGUCACUGUCUCUACUGGAGGGUCACUGUCUCUACUGGAGGUUCACUGUCUCUACUGGAGGGUCACUGUCUCUCCUGGAGGUUCACUGUCUCUAAUGGAGGGUCACUGUCUCUACUGGAGCCUGCCUCAUGGUUCACUGUCUCUCCUGGAGGUUCACUGUCUCUCCUGGAGGUUCACUGUCUCUCCUGGAGGCUUACUGUCUCUACUGGAGCUCCACCUCAUGCUUCACUGUCUCUUAGUGCCGCUAUGUUACAUCUAAGACCCCAAUCAGUGAGUGGAGGACCGUGUGUUGUUUUGUUGUGUUUCUAAGGCCACUUUUACACCAACAGUACCAGCUCAACUCUCUUCGACUCGACAGGCUGCCGGCCACUGAUUAGCCGUAGUGACAUGA